AUGGAGGACACACCAAUGCCACCACGACCAGAGAGAUCCGACUCCUCGUCUGGAUCUUCGAUUGGGGAGCACGAGAUACAAAUGCCGAUCCCUACCAGGCCGCCACUGACCAGCCGCAAAAGCAGCGGCACUCUUAUCGUCCCCCGGGACUCGGACCAAGUUGGUCCAAACCCUCCGCAACUUGGACCCGGCGAUGUCAGAGCCAUGAGUCCCAGGAGAACAAGCGAGGACCUGGAGAACAUGGGACGAGAGGCUAGAGAAGAACUGCACCGGCACGCAAAGGCACUGCAAGAUUCCCUGCUAAUGAUCUUCUCCCGUAUCGAAGCCGUCAAAGAAGAGCACGACAAGCUGGACAACAACAACAAGUUCCUGCAAAAGUAUAUUGGCGACCUGAUGAGCACCUCAAAAAUCACUGCUACAGGCACUCGGGGCAGAAAAUGA